UGUCCCCGCGGCUUGGUGUGGAGCCCCCGCCGGGGCCCAGGGAACGAGCGCCCGGCGGAACUACUACUCCCAGAGCAGCCCGGGCCCCCCAUGUCCGCCCCGCUGCGCUCUCAGGCGCCGAGCACUACAACUCCCGGCAUGCAGUGAACGUGACGGCCGAGGCUCCGAGGCGGCGCCCAGCCCUCCGGCCCGCCCCGCCCUCCCGCCUUGUCCCCGCCGCUGCCCCGGCCGCGCGCGGAGCGGGGACGCGAGCCAUGGAGGAGACGCCGCCCCCGCUGCUGGGCGGCAGCAAGCCGCACCUGGAGAAGCUGACCCUGGGGAUCACCCGCAUCCUAGAAUCAUCCCCAGGUGUGACGGAGGUGACCAUCAUAGAAAAGGCGCCUGCUGAACGUCAUAUGAUUUCUUCAUGGGAACAAAAAAAUAACUGUAUGCUUCCUGAGGAUGUGAAGAAUUUUUACCUGAUGACCAAUGGCUUCCACAUGACAUGGAGUGUGAAGCUGGAUGAGCACGUCAUUCCAUUGGGCAGCAUGGCAAUUAACAGCAUCUCAAAACUGACUCAGCUCAACCAGUCUUCCAUGUACUCACUUCCUAAUGCACCAACUCUGGCAGACCUGGAGGACGAUACACAAGAAGACAAUGAGAACCAGCCAGAGAAGCCUCACUUUGAUUCUCGCAGUGUGAUAUUUGAGCUGGAUCCUUGCAAUGGAAAUGGGAAGGUUUGCCUUGUCUACAAAACAGGGAAACCAGCAUUAGCACAGGACACUGAGAUCUGGUUCCUGGACAGAGCGCUAUACUGGCAUUUUCUGACAGAUACCUUUACUGCCUAUUACCGUCUGCUCAUCACCCACCUGGGCCUGCCCCAGUGGCAGUAUGCCUUCACCAGCUAUGGCAUUAGCCCACAGGCCAAGCAAUGGUUCAGCAUGUAUAAACCCAUCACCUACAACACAGACCUGCUCACGGAAGAGACCGACUCCUUUGUGAACAAGCUGGAUCCCAGCAAAGUGUUCAAGAGCAAGAACAAGACCUUAAUCCCCAAAAAGAAAGGGUCUGUUCAGCCUGCAGGUGGCCAGAAAGGGCCCUCAGGUCCUCUCUCUGCCUCUAAAUCCUCCCCUGGCUCUGGAAACCCUGUCCGGAAAUGACCACCCCUUACUCCAAUUCCCUGCCAGCCCCACAGCGAUGAUUUCCAUGCACAGAUGCCCCAGGGGUGCCCAAGCUUCAGAUUCUGUGUGUGGAACCAUAGGCCUCUUCCCAUCUGAGUGACCAAAAUCCUAGGCCUUUUACUCCCGUUGGCAUUAGCCAGGAGUUGGAAGGGCAUACUCAGGUCUCCCAAGAGUCCUUCCCUCAUACCCCUCACGGCAGGUUGUACCACCCCCUGCCUCCAGAAGCUGUGGAGAACUUCAGAUCUUGUGUAAGUGGCUCAAGAGAUCUGUUAAGAGCUUUCCUCACUUUCCACCCCCAACCCCCUACCCCUCAGCAGUGUUUAGAGAAGUCCCCCAAAGAAACCACUGGUUUUGACCCAUGAGGUAUUAGAACUGUGCUGUUCAACUGUAGCCACUAGCCGCAUGUGGCUAUUUAAAUUUAAACUAUAUUAAAAAUUCACUUCCUCAGUUGUAUUAGCCACAUUGCAAGUAUUCAUGUGGUUAGUGGAUUCUUUAUUGGACAGCAGAGACAUAAUGGAAUAUUUCCAUCAUCACGGAAAGUUCUUUUGGGCAGCACUGAAUUAGAAUAUUUUCACACUGCUCUUCCUCAGAUCAGUUAAUUUUUGUUAGAGAAUGUUGAUACCUUAAUUUGAUGGGUCAUAAUAUUCCAUGAAAACUUUUGAAGAUACAUUUGUAUGUUCUUUAUAUCCUUCACCUCAAGCAAUUCUUGGUCUGCCAUUUCUUUUUCAGUUUCCUGUAAAGCUUCUCAUCUUCAUCAGUUUCCUAUAAAGUUUCUUGUUUCCUGUUUUGUGAUGUGAUGUUUACACAUUUGCCAAAAUUGUGUUCCUCAGCUUUUUUUUUUUAAGGUGAUUCUACUGUAUUUUAACCAUUUAAAAACAAACUGCCAAGCAUUGCUUUACAGGACUCUUCAUAAAGAGUUUUGAUGAAACCAGCCACUGUUGACAAGAGCUUUUCCACCUCCUCUGCCUACUCUUCAAGAAUUCAUGGAGUGGCAGAAAGGGAUAGAGAGGGACCAAGAUGUCAAGGAUAAUAGCUGAAGUUUAGUCUUCCAGAAGUGUUUUCUGCCAGAACUGAUGAAAUCAAAGGGAGAACCAGCAGCACCAGAUAAGAGAUUCCAGCAUUUGGCUGUUUUCCACAAGACAAGUCAAGGUUAGAAGGGCAUUGAGAAGUCAUGUCAUCUUGCACUGUGGCAGAUGCUCUUCCUCUAGUACUUGUGGAGCCCCCUGGUCCAGUUCUAGAUUUCACAAGUGCAGUAGCAGAGGAGUCAUGAGAGCAAUGGUGCCUUUCAAAUCAGUGGGAGUCCUCAAAGGGCUGUAGAAGGAAGGGGGUUCUGAUAAGGAAAGGCCUCGGACCUGCCUCAGGAGGAGCAGAACAGUGAAGAGCAGGGCUAGCUGCCUGAUAUAGAGGACUCACUGCAAAAUGAAGAUGUGGGGCCUCUUGUCCAAAAAUCAGGAAAACAACCAUUAAAGGUACUAAAAUGUUUUUCCUUUCUUCCAUGGUCUCUUUCACAACUUACGGUGGUUUUAUUUGCUACUUAAUGCUGUUCUAAGUAAAGAAAAAUUAAAUUUUAAAUAAUUAGCAUUAAUUUUAUCAUUCAUAUUUAUAUUGUGCAAUUCCAGUUUUAAAUGCAACACUAAGAACAUUUAACUCAUGUGCAGAAUCACCAAAAUUACAAUUUGUAUUUCAUAGCUUAUGUAUAUUGUAUGCAUAUGUAUUUUGUUCUUACCAGAACAGUGGAAACACUGCACAAAACUAGCUCAACUGUUAUUUCAUUUGUUGAUAUGUAGACAUUUUAUCAACACUCUCUCUUUCAA